UUAUUAAAACAGUGAUGAAACGAUCCGCGCGCGUUUUACGCAUAUGAUGUGAUCAUCCAGAGACUCCGCGCGCUCAUCACGUGCUUCAGCUCAAUCCAUCCAGCCGCGUCAAGCUGAACAAACUCUCACCUCUCAGGAAAGGCUUGUGAAAAACCUAUGGGAUCGACGUCAAAAAGGUUCAACUCUUUGGACAUGUCGAGCUGAAAGCGAAAGAAUCUGAUGUGAGUGGAAGUGUUGGGAAACCCCUCUAGGUUGGUCCUUUCCUCGUCUCCGGGAGUCCGUGGGAAGUUUCUUUCCAUGUGAAAACCACCUGACACAUAUGAUCUGCUCCAUACACACUCAUACUGGACCAGCGGGGACACUUACAUAUCCAUAGAUUGUAUAACAACCAGGAGAAGACGAGACCGGGACGCGGAUCGGAUAUAUAAACUGUUUGGUUUGGGCUGCAUGCAUAAAUGCCAAGAAACGGCAUUAGAGAAACGUCACCCAAAGAAAACGAGAUCUUCUUGAGGAGGAUGGACCUGCCGGACAAGGAGAGACGGUCACCGGAGAACGGCCCAAGGCCCUGUUGCUCAAGCCUCAAGAUGUUCCUCGUGGCCUUGUCCUUUGCCUACUUUGCCAAGGCAUUAUCCGGGAGCUAUAUGAAAAGCACAAUAACUCAGCUGGAAAGACGCUUCGACAUCCCCAGUUACUUAAUAGGUGUCAUUGAUGGCAGCUUUGAAAUGGGUAACUUGUUAGUGAUCGCCUUUGUGAGCUACUUUGGUGCCAAACUUCACCGUCCGAAGAUAAUCGCCAUCGGCUGCCUGUUGAUGUCACUAGGGACUUUUCUAAUUGCCUUGCCCCAUUUUAUAAUCGGACGCUACAAGUUUGAAACAUCGAUUCGAUCGUCAGUGAACUCAACCAGUAUCCUCUCCCCAUGUCCAAUGAGGUCUGCUAGCGUUCUGUCCACAGGUCCAAGCACUUCUUCAGUACCGAGCGCAGGUUGCGAACACGAGUCCAGGUUGUCCAUGUGGAUCUACGUUUUCCUGGGGAAUAUCUUGCGUGGAAUUGGCGAGACCCCAGUGCAACCUCUGGGAAUCUCAUACAUCGAUGAUCACGCUCUGGAGGAAAAUGCAGCCUUCUACAUCGGAUGUGUCCAGACAAUAUCGGUCAUCGGUCCAGUGUUCGGUUACCUGCUGGGGUCCCUCUGUGCCAAGAUAUACGUGGACAUUGGAUUUGUCAACAUGGACAGCAUUAGCAUCACCCCAGGAGAUGCACGCUGGGUAGGUGCCUGGUGGCUGGGAUACCUCAUUGCAGGAUUCAUCACCCUGCUCUCGGCCGUGCCGUUUUGGUUCUUGCCCAAGUCUUUACCCCUGCCAGAGAGACGGCUUGCCAAGUAUUCUCCAGAGCGGACCAGCUUUAUCAAAGACUCGCCCCUCCUGGAGCACAAGUACCAGGCAGACGAGCCAGCAAACUUCCUAGAAAUGGCCAAAGACUUUUUGCCAACACUGAGAUCCCUUUUGGGGAACCCGGUCUACUUUUUGUAUCUCUGCAUCACCAUCAUCCAGUUCAACUCUUUGAUCGGCAUGGUGACAUACAAACCAAAAUACAUCGAGCAACACUACGGACAGUCAGCGUCCAAGGCGAACUUCUUAAUGGGAGUUAUCAACAUCCCAGCUGUAGCCUUGGGAAUGUUCUCGGGGGGUGUGAUCAUGAAGAAGUUCAAGCUGAGCAUCAUGGGAGCAGCCAAGUUUGCACUGGGAACGUCUCUCCUGGGUUAUUUCCUGUCUCUUUUCUUCUUCGCCAUGGGAUGUGAGAAUGCCAACGUGGCCGGCAUCACCAGGUCGUACAAUGGGACGGAAAGUCUUUACAAAGUGGACAGUUCUCUGCUAGCGACCUGCAACGCGGGCUGUCAGUGUCCUGAAGCAAACUGGGACCCCGUGUGCGGCGACAACGGGCUCACCUACGUCUCCCCCUGCCUGGCUGGAUGCCGGACGUCCCACGGCUCUGGAAAAGACACGGUGUUCGAGGAGUGCAGUUGUGUAGCAGUCAGGAAUCAAACGGCCAGCGUGGGCCAAUGCAACAACAGGGAGAGCUGCAAUCAAGUCUUCCCCUACUUCCUGGCUCUGUCUGUCAUCACUUCCUUUAUCAUCUCACUGGGCGGAACGCCGGGAUACAUGCUGCUCAUCAGAUGCAUCAGACCUCAGCUGAAGUCCUUAGCUUUGGGUUUUCACACGCUGACAACACGUACUCUAGCUGGAAUUCCAGCUCCUAUAUACUUCGGAGCCAUCAUAGACACCACCUGUCUGAAAUGGGGUCACAAGAAAUGUGGCGGAAGAGGAGCCUGUCGAAUAUACAACACGACGGCCUACAGGAUAGCAUAUCUGGGCUUGACGCUGGGCUUACGGACAGCUUCCUUCUUCCUGUGUGUGCUUGGGCUGGUGGUGUUACGACGGCACGUCCAGAAGCAAGAGCGCAACACACUCGCAAACGGAGACACGGGGGCCGCGGCCGGAGAACUGCAGGCUCUCAGGAAAGAAGAAAACAACAGCGGUAACUUGGACCAAUGCCCGCGAACCACAGAUUACGACCCAGAACGGGAGACGCGUCUGUGACGCACAACGUACUCGCCAGCGCAGGGAGCAACAGGGCCUGUUUAUACGAGUUACACUUUCUAUUGGACCCAUGUAAAUGAUGUGAAGUAAGAAAAAAAUCUGUUGUUUUGAUAUAGUAGAACUAUUUUUUGAAUGUACAUGCUGUUUUGGGU